UUCUAAUUCCGAAAGUAAGAUUGCUUGGUAUUUCUAUUUCAUAUCUCAAUUCCCUCACUCUCCCAUGGAAUCUAUAAAUGUUCUCUUCCUACUAUCCACGUUUCUACUUGCCGUUGAUGUAAAAGCCCAACCAAACAAUUCCAUUAAUGUGAUGAUACCCUUAGGUUCUUCGCUCUCCCCUAGUGCUAACCGUACUUCAUGGCUCUCACCUUCUGGUCUUUUUGCCUUUGGUUUCUACCCACAAGGCAACGGCUUCGCUAUUGGAAUAUGGCUGGUUGAUCAACCACAAAACACAAUUGUCUGGACUGCAUAUCGAAAUAACUCACCAGUCACCUCAAAAGCUACAUUGGACUUAACAAGGGAUGGAAAGCUGCUCUUUCGCACGGAGGAAGGUGAAGAAAAUCCUGUAGCUGAUGUGUCAGCAGCUUCAGCUUCUAUGCUUGAUUCUGGUAAUUUUGUGCUCUAUGAUAACUCUUCUGAUGUUAUUUGGGAGAGUUUUGAAUACCCAACUGACACCAUCUUAGGAGGUCAGAAUGUGUCUUAUGGCAAGGAUUUGGUGUCAAGCGUGUCUGGAUCAGACCACUCAAGUGGUCGUUUUUAUCUCAGGAUGCAGAGCGAUGGAAACCUUGUUUCCUACCCUGUAAACAAUACAGAUAAUUCAGAAAAUGCUUAUUGGUCCUCGGCAACUAUAAUAUCAGAUAAUUUUGCCUCUGGGGUACAUUGUUCGGCGAAUAAAAUAUCAGAUAAUGUUGCCGCUGUCACUACGGACCCUUAUGAAAGGGGAGCUGUUGGAAGAGGUGGCUGCAGUAAUUCGUAUACUAGAUCUUGUGGUAGACCUGGUGGUUAUGGUGGGAGUCGCGGUACUAGUGGCGGUUCUAUAAGGCUCAGUCUUAACCAAAGGGGUCUUCUAAGCUUAAUAGAUUGUAACAGCUCCAUAAUAUCAGUUUUGGUGAAUAAUUCUUACUCUGGCGACAAAGAAACUACUAUCAUCUAUCGUGCGAUACUUGAUUCUGAUGGAAUUUUAAAGUUGUAUUCACACCGAUUUUUCGGAAAUAAAAGCUCAGAAAUGAUCAUGGAGUGGUCAUCUUUGGUUGAUCAAUGUGAUGUCAAAGGUUUCUGUGGCUUCAACAGUUACUGCCUAGGCAUGGGCUUCCUAGCUGAAUGUCUCUGUUUUCCGGGAUUUCAUUUCGUGAACCACAAAAAUAAGUUUUUGGGAUGCAACGACAAAUUCAGUGUCGAUGGUUGCAGCAGCAGUAAUGGUCCGAUGAUACCACACUACAGUACUGCUUUACCGAACAUAUCCUGGGGUGAUUACCCUUAUUCAAUGGUACGUACAAAGCAAGAAAACUGUGAAAGCUCUUGCCUUGAUGACUGUAAUUGUGGGGCUGCUUUGUACAUGAAUGGUACUUGCAAUAAAUAUAAGCUUCCACUUAGAUAUGGUAGAAGUCAAAAUUUAUCAGCUAUAGCUUUCUUUAAGGAUCGGAGAAAUGGUGACCAUCACCGUUCAAAUCCAAAAAUCUUGAUGGAUGGCAAAAAAAAGAUAAUUUUGAUUCUCUCUCUAAGUUUGGGUUCCAUUGCAUGCUUGUGUUCUGUAAUAGCUAUAUCUUGUUUCUUCCAGUAUAGGCGUCAAGUUCAUUGGUACAGAAAGCUGUCGGAAAAUGUGAAUGUGGGAUUUGCUAAUGAUUUUACCUUGCGUUCAUUUUCUUACAAUGAGCUUGAGAGCGCAACAGAUGGCUUCAGUCAAGCAUUAAGUACGGGUUCUUUUGGAUCAGUUUAUAAAGGGUCUCUCUCUAUUGGAUCUGUGACUGACAGAACUAUUGCUGUUAAGAGGCUAGAGAAAUUUGAGGAAGAAGGGGAAAGGAAGUUUCAAGGUGAAAUGACUGCCAUUGGACGAACUCACCACAAAAACUUAGUUCAGCUGCUUGGUUUCUGUAUUGAGGGAACGAGGAAGCUUCUUGUUUAUGAUUACAUGACCAAUGGUUCACUUGCAGACCUUCUCUUCAAGGCUAAGAAGCGCCCUCUUUGGAAAGAAAGAGUGAGAAUUGCACUAGAAGUGGCCAGAGGGAUAUACUAUCUACAUCAAGAGUGUGAAGUCCAUAUCAUCCAUUGCAAUCUUAAACCCGAAAAUAUACUCAUGGAUGAUACUUGGACUGCAAAAAUCUCAGAUUUCGGAUUGGCAAGGCUAUCAGUGCCUAAUCAAACAAGAACUACAAUGGGCAUUGAAGGGACAAGUGGGUACUCCGCACCUGAAUGGCAAAAAAAAUCCCUAAUAUCAGUCAAAGCUGACAUUUACAGUUUCGGUGUUAUGCUUUUGGAGAUUGUAUGUUGCAGAAGCAACAUAGAAGUAAAUGUUUCAACAGCAGAUGAAAUACUUCUUUCUAGCUGGGUAUAUAAUUGCUUUGUGGUUGGAGAGUUAGAUAAGCUUGUGGAAGAGGAAAAUGUAGACAUGAAGACACUUGAAAGAAUGGUGAAGGUGGGCUUGUGGUGCAUUCAAGAAGAUCCAGCUUUGCGUCCUCCAAUGAAGAAUGUAAUCUUGAUGUUGGAGGGGACAAUGGAUAUAGCUGUCCCUCCAUCUCCAGCUAUUUCUUAUUCUUAAUAUGCCAACCCCUAAUUUGUAGUAAUGUGCAUAACUGGUGUUUGCUUAUGCCUACGUAUUCUAGUUUUUGGAUUUUUGAAUGCGUAAUUGGGGUUUUCUUUUUCUUUUCU